AUGGUUCGACAAGACCCUCACCAAGGCGGCACCCUCUCCGAAAUGGCCGCCCAAGGUACAUCCAUGCCCAAUGAUGCCGGCAAGAUGAAUACAAUCCCUUCGGUGCCACGCCCAGACCAGCGUGCCGAACACUUCGGCUUCGACAAUGCAGGCAUCGCUAAGCCCUCAACAGCGACGGCUGCCGAUAACACCACUGACUUGCCACGCUCGACCCGGGAUGUGGGCCAGAGCGGCGAGGUCAUCACCGGCACGGGCAACUCCAUGCCAGCCGGCAUCGAGUCCAAGCAUGCCUAUAUGGGUGCUAAUCACCAUGCUGCCCAUGGUGAUACUCGCGAUCUCAAGCAUUCCAAGUACGACCGGAGUGAGUUUGUGCGCUAUCAGGAGGAGUAA